UGUGUUGUUGGUUGUUGGCUAUUGGGUAUCUUAAGAGGUUUUUAUCUAACUUACGGUUUAUUUAUUGGUGUUGUGCCUGUUAAUUAAGAAGCAUGAGGUUUCCGGGAAUAUUGUUAAUUUCACUUUUUAUUAAUUCAAUAAGUGCUAAAUCAACGUUGGUUCUUUUGGAUAACGUUUUAAUUAAGGAAACACACUACACAUUUUUCCAGUCGUUGAGAGAUCGUGGCUAUGAACUUACAUUUAAAAUUGCUGACGAUUCCUCAUUACAUUUAGCAAAAUAUGGUGAAUAUAUUUAUGAGAACUUGAUUAUCUUUGCCCCUUCUGUGGAAGAGUUUGGUGGUUCAUUAAGCGUAGAUACCAUUACACAGUUUAUAGAUGAUGGGGGCAAUGUUUUAGUUGCUGCAAGCAGUAGUACAGGCGAUGCUAUCAGAGAACUUGCUUCUGAGUGUGGUCUUGAGAUUGAUGAAGAGGGAGCAUAUGUUAUUGAUCAUUUUAACUUUGAUGCUACUGAUAGUGGCCAACAUACAAAAAUAAUUGUACCAUCUAAAAACUUAAUUGAUGCACCUGUAAUUGUUGGUGAUAAAACAGAAAUAGAUAAUAAUUCGGAAAAACAAGAAUUGUCACCUCUUUUGUAUCAGGGUACAGGUAUUUUAAUUGACACAGAAAAUCCUCUUGUUCUACCUUUGCUAACUGCUGACAGUACUGCUUACAGUUACAAUCCAAAUCAACCUAUAAAAGAGUAUCCACAUGCUGUUGGAAAGAAUGUUGUUCUUAUAGCAGGCCUUCAAGCAAGAAAUAAUGCAAGAGUAGUAUUUUCAGGAUCUUUGUCAUUUUUCUCUGAUGAAUUUAUCACUUCUCCUUUAGAAAAACCACAGGAUGAAAUUAAAUUUAACAGAACAGGAAAUAAAAUUGUUGCAGAUGAAAUUAGUAAGUGGGUAUUUAAGGAACAUGGAACACUUCGUGUCAGAUCAGUAAAACAUCAUAAACUUGGAGAAACUGAACCACCAAAGGCCUACACUGUAAUGGAUAAAGUGGUUUAAAAUUCCUGACGUGUAUGGGGUUUAUCAGUUUAAAGUUGAUUAUGAUCGUGUUGGCUACACUCAUCUUUAUAGCACCACUCAGGUUUCAGUUAGACCUUUGCAACAUACUCAGUAUGAACGAUUCAUUCCUAGUGCGUAUCCAUACUAUGCCAGUGCAUUUUCUAUGAUGUUUGGUGUUUUUAUAUUUUCAUUUGUAUUCUUACAUUUUAAAGAUGAACCCGAAAAGAAAAAGAGCGAUUAAAUUUUGUUAUUACUUUAGUUUAAAAUUUAUAAUGCUUUUCAAAUUAAUAAAUUAUUUAUAAUA